AGUAAUUACACUUUAUGUCUGGAUCCAUACCCUUAUAUUGAUUCAUUGAAUUGUGAAAGAAUCUUUUUCAAGUGAACCUCAAAUUCUUAUAACACAUUUAUUUCAGUUACUCAUCUAUAUUGAUAGUUGUAUGCCUGUUCUUGCUUGUGUUUCCUAAAUUCCCUUUGGUGAGAAGUUGAGGAUCCCAAGAGCUACAGAGUUUGUUGAAGCAUUUGGGAAAAUUGUGCAAUAUACUUGGUUGAACAUGAGAAACUAUUCCUGUUGCAUAUACUAAUGUCUUUCCAUUUACUUUGGCAGGGGUCCUCUGUGGCCAUAUGUUAAAUUAAUUACCAUAUGUUGGUUGGUAAUACCUCAGUUUAACAGCGCGUGUUAUUGUUACCAAUAACUUAUUCAUCCAUGUUUGCUGGUGAAAUUGCACGAUGUUGUCAUUCAGUUUUAUGGGUUUUGCCAUAUUUACCAACGGGUUCUGUAUUUGUGCUUGUCUGUCUACCUUCAAAUUGUCACUUACUGGUUUAACAAGCCAAUGGAGGAUCCAUCUCUCAAGAAUGAAUCAUUUCUGGCUAUGGCAGAGAGGUAUCUUGAAGAAAAUGGAUCUGAUACUCUGGAGAAACUUAUUGCAAACAAGUCCAUGGAUUAUAGUUUGAAUCAUCAUGCAGAAGAGAUCAAGCCUACUGAUACUAGUGUUGAAGCAGAAGCUCUCACCCCCAACCAGGUUAAAUGUGUGAGGGAAAAUCUAAUUUGGAUUGAGAAUACAACAACAGGAAUGAAGGUCAAGGAAACGGCGGUUCCAACAAAGCAGGAGCAAGUAAAACAUGUAGCGGCAGCACAAUCAGAACACAGUACUGAUGAAAAGUUGAAAGAAAAGGUCCACCUGGCAGGUACUGGCCAGCAAGAAAAUCCAAAGCAACUGAAGGAUGCUGAUGUUGCUGUUCAUAAUUCUAAGCUAUGGUGUGGUACUUGUAACAUGUGGUUCCCUGACGAGAUUGUUAUGGCCGCACAUCUGAAGGGGAGGGAGCACUUGGCCAAACUCCAAAUACCAAUGAGUUCUACGGCUUAGGCAGAGAGGUACCUUGAAGAGAAUGGAUCUGAUGCUCAGGAGAAACUUAUUACACAUAAGGUAUAUCAGAUAUUACCUCAGCAAGGAGUAGCCAGUUCUUAUCAUUUGAUUCUUUCCAAAACUCAUUAACCGAGUACCUGUCAUGAUCUUUUUUAGCCUAAAAUUCGUUUAUUAUGUCAACCAGUUAAAUUAUUUAGAAUGACGUCACAGGUGACGUAAUUAAUCCAAAUUUUGUUAAUCCUUUGAUAAUGUGAAUUAAACGAGAAUGAAGUAAUAAGAAUAACAACGCAGAUAAUUAAAGAGAAAUAAUUGAUGAUGUAAAAGAGAGGGAGAUUCUUAUUGAUUCUUCUGACUCAGAUGAUGAGAAUUGCUAAAAAUCAGUGAUGAACAGUCGUGUUUACAGAGAAUAAUCGUAAAGUUGUGUGUAAUCAGGGUGAAAAAUUAGAUGGAUACAGUUGUGGGGAAGUGGGAGAUUUUAUAGGAUAGCUAAGAGUAAUUGCUUCAGUGGUCCUCGCCCGUUUCAACUAUUACAUGGCUAAGAUAGUGGGUGUUAAAUGGGAUUAAAUAGAAUCCCUAAGAUCUCGGAGCCUGGUCGUUAUUUGGGUUAUCCUCUGCCCGGGCACUCUGAUAGAUCGUUCCGGAUUUCUAUUACCCUGUGUAAAUUAGGUGCAUCCGGGUGCUGAUUCUUGGAUGAUCCUACUAAUCUUUGGUUUAACUGUCGUUAACCAAUUCAACAAUUGAUUGUGGUCUUCUCUACGCUUGCUAUGUGUUCGGUCAAAUAGUCUUCGCUUCCGGCAUAUUUUCACCAAUACAAAUCUCCUAUUUGCAGUCCAAAGAUUAUAGUUUGAAUCAUCAUGCAGAAGGGAUCAAGGCUACUGACACUUGCGAUAAAUCAAGAAUGCUCAUCCCCAGCCAGGUGCCUGAACUGUUAUUCCUAACUCCCUAUACUGUAUGAAACAGUCGUUAACUUCUUAUGCUGCUGCUUUUCUUGGCAUUUUCCCUUCAUAAUGAAUCUGAAAUUUACAUUAUCAGUUGAGUACUAUUUGAAUGUUUUGCAUAAUGUAAUGAUAUCAUGCACUA